UGUAAUAGGUGCGUCGUAAACUCGCUAUCUAACAGUUACCUGGAUAUGUCCCACGUUCGCACCUGAUCACCAGAUCUCCGUUCCGAUGACGGCUCUCGUCUGCAUCUCUCUAAUUCUUUCCUCACUCGCCGGCCACGUCUCCUCUCAAGGAAACUAUGUUUUAUUUAAUCGCACUCUCGGAUUCAUCGGCGACAAAUGCGAGAGGGACGUCGACUGUAUCGAGAAUGCAUACUGCCGGUGGCAAGAUACCUGCCUGUGCGAUCCAUUUUACGCACCGACCCUCGAUAGAUCCAAGUGCACCGCCACUGUUGGGCUGACCUGCGAGAACGACUUUAAGUGUCAAAGUAUAGCAAACGGCGAAUGCAAGCAGAACACGUGCACCUGCAAGGAUGACUUCUUCUUGGAUAGCACUAAUUCUUCAAAUUGCGUCAGAAGACCCGUUAUUAUUGGUGAUCACUGCCAAUUAAACACAAAUGACAAUAUGUGCCAAGAGAGUUUCAAUUAUGCGUUAUGCAUCAACGAGAAGUGCCAAUGUAUCACGGGGUAUCAUUUCGUAAACGAGACGAAGAUCUGCGUGCAGACCCGAGCUCUAUUCUUCACUUGCUCGCACGACUACGAGUGCUAUGACGAUAAGUCGCCGGACUCGAUGGAGUGCAAGAAUGGACAGUGCGUGUGCAAGGAAGGGGACCGAUGUUCUAAAGGCUCGCUGAUGACGGCCGCUGGGAUGUUCGUGGCAAUUUCGCUCUUCCUACAACAAAUCGCUCGCUAACAAACUAAUUGCGUGGAUCAUUCAAUAGUUUCAAUCAAUUUCACAAUGCCGUUUGACGCAAAACUGAGUCAAUUCGGUGUAAGCCAGUUACGUACAACUUCGGAUUUAAUGAUUUUUAUAAAUUACUUUGAAUUCAAUAAUUUAAUAAUUUCUUUGUAUAUUAUAUUUUAUAUUGUAUUUAUACUUUUAAUAGAUGAUCUCAAUACAUUUUGAGAAAACAGAUGUAAA